AUGACUUCGGGAACUGCAAAUGCAAAUGGGGAAUGCCUUGGUUGGGCAGCUAGAGAUCCUUCUGGAAUUCUGUCUCCAUACAAAUUCAGCCGAAGGGCUGUGGGGAGCGAUGAUGUUUCACUAGACAUCGCAUACUGUGGAGUUUGUUAUGCUGAUGUGGCUUGGACCCGGAACAAAAUGGGACAUUCAAAGUAUCCUUUAGUGCCUGGACAUGAGAUUGUUGGGAUCGUUAAACAGGUAGCUUCAGGAUACCCAAAAGUUACACCGGAACUAGCAGCACCUUUGCUCUGUGCUGGUAUUACUGUUUACACUCCCAUGAUAAGGCAUAACAUGAAUCAGCCUGGCAAAUCUUUUGGGGUGAUUGGGCUCGGUGGACUAGGUCACCUUGCUGUAAAGUUUGGGAAGGCUUUUCGACUGAAGGUAACAGUUUUUAGCACAAGUGUAUCCAAGAGAGAAGAAGCUUUAACUCUUCUUGGAGCAGACAAUUUUGUAGUCUCCACCGACGAACAUCAGAUGAAGGCUUUGUGUAAUUCAUUUGACUUCAUACUGGACACAGCAUCUGGAGAUAUCUCAUUUGAUUUAUAUUUGUCCUUGUUGAAAACUGCUGGUGUCCUUGUUCUAGUAGGGUUCCCGAGCGAAGUGAAAUUCAGUCCGGGGAGCUUAAACUUGGGUGCUAAAUCCAUUUCAAGAAGUGUAACUGGUGGAACAAAGCAAACACAAGAAAUGCUGGAUUUUUGUGCUUCCAACAAGAUUUACCCAAACAUAGAAGUAAUUCCCAUCCAAUAUGCAAAUGAUGCUCUAGAGAGGAUGAUCAAGAAGGACGUGAAAUAUCGUUUUGUGAUUGAUAUAGCAAACUCUCUCGAGUAA